AUGCCCUGGCUCGCAGAGGAAGCGUUCGGCUCCCCCUCUGUGGCUGCUGCAGCAGGGGGAACCCCAGCGAGCUGCCCGCCCGGCGGGGGGCUCCGGCUCUUCCAGCGGGCGCACCAGCGACACGACCACCUCGGCCUCUUCGAGAUCGGCCCCGAGCACGAGUUCUACCUCCUGACCUGCCGGCUGCGCGCGGGGCUCAGCGCCGCCACCCAGGUGGCCACUGACCACCCGCCCGCGGACACCCCCUGCGACGGCGACUGCGCGGCGGUGCUGAGGCAGCCCCGCGAGGUAGGAGCCGUGGGGGUGCCCCUGCGCUCCCGGCCGUGCCGCGGCUCACCGCGUGUGCCGCUGCCGCCGCAGGGCUUCGAGCUGCACACCUACGCCGGGCCGGCCUUCGCCCGCCUGCGGCGCGCGCUGGGGCUGCCGGAGGAGCAGUACCAGGCGGCGCUGAGCUCGCGGUACUUCCAGUUCGCCAGCAACUCCAAGAGCAAGGCCCGCUUCUUCCUGACGUGAGACGGACGCUUCUUCCUGAAGACGCAGACGAAGCGGGAGAUGCGCUUCCUGCUCGCCAGCCUGCCCCGCUACCUCCGGCACCUCGAGGCGUUCCCCCACUCGCUGCUCGUCCGCCUGCUGGGCGCCCACAGCAUCGUCCUGCCCUGCCGGAGGAAGGUAGGUGCCCCCACUGCAGCCCUGCCCCGUCCCCAGCGCUACUUCAGGGUCACGCAGAGCGGCUUCUUCCCCGCCGAGGGGGAUCCUCGAGCGGGCACGCGAUGUCCGUCUGUCCUGGCAAAGCCAGCGUACGACAUCAAGGGCUGCCGCGUGGACCGCUGGGCCGAGCCCGCGACCGCCGUGGUGCCGAAGGACCUCAACUCCGAGGGCAAGUCCCUCGUCCUGGGUGCCCAGCGGCCGUGGCUGCUGCGGCAGCUGGAGCUCGACAGCCGCUUCCUGGAGGAGCUGCGGGUGCUGGACUACAGCCUGCUGCUGGCCGUGCAGCCCCUGCUCCCCGACGGGCGCGCGGCACGGUCCCCGGCGCUGUGCCGUGUCCUGCUGGGCUCGGGGACGAGCCAGAACCAGCGCCCGCUGCCCGGUGGCAGCAACCCCCUGCACUGCAUCGACGGGCCGCAGCGGCGCUACUCGGGGGGGCUGGUGGAUCUCUUCACCGCCUACACCUUCCGCAGGCGCCUCGAGCGCCUCUGGAAGAGGAUCCGCUACCGGGACGGGUCCUUCUCCACCCUGCACCCCGCUGCCUACGCCCGGCGGCUGUGCCGGUGGGUGGAAACGCACAGCGAGUGA